AUGAGCACGAGCAUGAUGAUGGUCAACAAGGUCAAUGAGCUACGAUAUCCUUCCCAGAGCAGUGCCUUCCUUGCUCUUCCUUACGAGGUUCUCCUCGAGAUCCUUGUCCUCCUUGGUGCAGAGGACGUGCACUCGCUCCUGGCGACGUCGACUACGUGUCGACAGCUUCACGCUUUACUCUACGACGACCAGCGUGUAUGGCGCGGCCUCGCGCUCGCUGUCUACGAUGACCCCGCGCACGCGUGUGCCUUCCUCCAACCCCAAGAGGUGGAUUGGCAGGCACGUGUGCUCUCGCGCGCUAUCGCUACAGAGAUUCUCAUGGACUCGCGGAAUGUGCUUGGCGAAACGUCAAGCCGACAGCUCGACCUCCUCCUCCUCAAGCGGGAGGAGUUUGCAUUCCUCGCCCUCAACGGCCGCGGAACGGCGUACGCCGUCCUCGACAUCCUCCGCCGAGUACUAGACGGGGAUAUGUGGGACGGCGAGGCAGCGGUCGAGGCCGAGUCGCCGUUCAUCAAAUUGUGGCGUCUUUCUCCAGUUGACAUGACAUGUGACAGUAAUGGACUCGUGGACUGGUCCACCAUAAGCGCCAUGGUAUCCAUCCUUUUGUGGCAGUACGCUUCUGAGGAGGCCCAAGUCGACGUAGAACGGAUUGAACGGAGCAUUUCAGCCCCGCUUGUGGGAGUAGGGCUCGGGAGCGGGGAGGACUGGGCCGGCGUGAGCGGGGACUGGUAUGCUGUCGCACAGUUUUUCUCCGAAUGGAGGUCAGACGUACCCCUGGCCGAGCUUGGAACAUGGACGGUGUCGCCCUGCUCUCUCGAGGACACAUUGGACGGCUUCAGCGCUUUCAUGGGUCGCCUGCCUACGGCGCAAGAAGCGACCGUCCUCGAUCCCAUAGUUCCCUUCUCGACUGCCUGCGCUCCAAUCUACUUCUCGGGGAGCAACCACACGCUGCCGCACACCGACGGCACACCUGUCAACGUGCACAUCCGUGGCGUAGUGCGGUUAUCCGUGGAUUACCCGCCAGCAGCUGUAUGGACUUGGGUGAUUGAGCGGCCGGACAACCAGGUCAUUGCGCGCGUGGUGCAAAUGCCAGGACGGGGGAGCGGUUUCUUCGGCCGUUUGGUGAUGGUGGGAAUGGUGGGAACUCUGAAUCCUGUCGAAUUCGACGAAAUCGAGGGCGCGGUAUGGAUGAUGCGGACGUAG